AUGACUGACAUUGCUCUUUGUACUUUUAUUUCCGGCAGCUUUAUUGGCUCCAUCUAUGCAUGGCCAAAGGAACAUCGAUUUGCAUGCUUAUGCAUAAGAAAUCUGAAAGAAGCAUCAAGAGAUGGGCCCCACCGUGUCAUUCGCGAUGAUCCUUCAACCAUUCGAAGACGCAUGGUGUCGUUCGUGGGUGCCACUGGAAUGAGCAUGAUGCUCCUGGAAAAACUUCUUCGAAAGGAACCUGGAGAUUGUCAAGCGCUGUUAGGUAGUUCUCUCUUACGCUACAUCAUUUGCUCCGAAAGGUCAAUUUCUCAGUCAAUGGUUGAGGUUGCUGAAACUGGCGUGGCGACGCUGCUGCUAUUUAGUGGUCCUUUUUUGGAGGGUGUUCGAUUUCCCAGGUGGUCGGACACGGAUCAUAUCAUUUUCUUUAGAAACUAUAUAUUGGCCCCUUUUGGAGAGGAGAUAUUCUUUCGGGCAUUGCUUUUACAUCUUUUAAGGCGGCGGCCGGUGGCAUCGUCCAUUGUCAUCUCCUCUGUUUUUUUUGCACUUUGCCAUACGCAUCACAUCUUUACAAUAGCCGCGGAAGAAUGUCAAAUCGCAACUGAAUUGGAUGAGACUGAUACCGGUGUGCUCAUUUACUGGAAACGAGCAGCGGGGAAUCUCACUGGCGUGCUUGGGUGUACUUUCGUGUAUGGUUUGCUCGGCGGUUACUGCUACACAAUCGUUUGUGCAAAAAAUAUUCUCGCUACGAUACUUUUCCAUUCCAUAUGCAACAUGCUUGGGCCUCCGCCGCUACGUUUUAUUAGCGAAGGCUCACUGAGAAAACGGGCCCUGCAGGCCAUUGUCUACGUGGCGGGGGCUGUUGGAUGGGCGGUUGUGCUCUCCAAAAUGCGGCGGCGAUAA